UGUACACUAUGCUUGUAUAGCGAAAAGUGAAAACAUGUCCGCCUGUUAAUGUUAUGUUUUCUUGACAUAAAUAAUACUAAAAAUCAUUGUGUUUGAAGAUUACUAAAUCCGUUUUUGUGAUUUUUAGUGAUUGAUUAUGUGUGUUAUUGUGUUGUGAUCUGUUCAUAUGAGGCUGCUAUAUAAAACUGGUCCUAUGGAGUCUCUCAGAAAAUGGUUUUACAAACCAAAGAGGGACGACCGCUCGCUGCUAGCACAGUUUUUCUUCGCGGACGAGGCGCUGAAUAUGAUCGCGUCGGAGUUGGACUCGUUCGACGGUCGCAAGGACCCCGAGCGGUGUUCCACGCUUGUCAACCAGCUGAGGCAUGCACAGGACCGUGUUUUGAACAUCACGAGUCAGAUAAUGGACCAGGUGCUGGGUGACGAGCGAGUGGCGCGGGGCUUCAGGGUCAAGUUUCCCGAAGAUGUCCUUCAGGACAACUUGGCUGGCCAGCUCUGGUUUGGCGCUGAGUGUCUCGCUGCUGGUUCAUCAAUAAUGAACCGCGAAGAGGAAUCGGCAGCUAUGAGGCCCCUGGCCAAGGCCCUCACGCGCAGCUUGGAGACAGUUCGCUCUCUGCUCAGGGAGCAGUGUCUGCGCCCUCGUGGCCUGGCCUUGCAAGACCACGACGACAUGCUGCAAGAAAGCCUGAGGAUAUUCGACAGAUUAUUCGCCGAGUUUGAGCUGUGCUACGUGAGCGCAAUGGUGAACGUGAAGACGCCGCACGAGUUUGAAGCACAGCAGCUGAUCUGCGUUCUGUUCUCUGAGAGUCUCCGGCGAGCUCUCAAGCAGAACCUGCUAACACAGGAACAGGUCGAUUCGUACGACCCGGCUUUGAUGUUCGCAGUGCCUCGUCUCGCAAUUGUGAGUGGACUACUAAUAUACUCCAGCGGACCUCUGUCCAUAGACAAACCACCGGAGGAAAUGUCGGACAUGUUUCGUCCGUUCCGCACGUUGCUGCACAAGAUCCGCUCGCUGCUGUGGACCUUGGACCGGCGGGAGCUGCUGGUACUGGAGCGACUGCUUUGCAGCAACGAGGACGUCUCCAGCCUGGUGCAUCUACCAGACCUACCAGGUGAAGAUUCAACAGCUGACUCGUGCUAUCCGGACAUUGGUGAAUUUGUUUCCAAGUUCUAUGCAGACCAUGUGCAUUGCAGAGAAUUAUACACACAACUAAGUUCCAGUGAACCAACAAUAACCGACGCCGAUUAUUUGCCAGACAACAUUGAAGUUAUGACACCGAUCAUAGACGGACUCAGACGUUUGAACGAAGAUUUUGACGAUAGAACAUCGGAUGACACAGAUACAAAGACAGAUAAACAUACAGUAGACACGGCAAGUACAGACACAUAUCAGACAAAUGAGAGUUCAGAAAAAGUGAGAAAAAUGAGAAACGAAAGUGAUUUGUCCUCUUUAAGAAAUCUAUCAACGAAUGGACUCAUGAUGUUCGACCCUCUUGUUAUUAAUGCUGUGGCUGCUUCAACUUCUAAUGAUAGUCCCAGACAAAUACCAGACCAAGACUUAGUGACAUCACUAAACGAACAAGUGACUGAAAUAGCCGACAGAUUAUCAUCGAUAGUUAGUGACGUUGACAUAGUAGGUCAAAUGCAUUCGUAUUCGACCAACGACGUCCCAUCACUAACUGAAAGUUCAGAGGCUUUUGGAUUUUCCGCCCCCAGAAACGAACAGAUAACAUGUAUGCCGUCUACUAGUCAUGGAUAUUUAAUACCAAACGCAAUAAGUCAAGAACCAGUCGUGCUAGCUUCAUUGUCUCACAACAACUCCGCAGUGUUCAACGAAGACGAAAACGAUUUAAACAAUGAUCUCCCAAUGAUAUUUCCGGAUAACAUUGACGCGGAGAUUGUAAAUACUAAUAUAUGUAUCGCUAACGCUAACCUGUCUUCACUUUUACUAACUAACGAAGAGUUUAGAAACAUUGUAGAAAACGAAACUAAUGAUAGAAGCGAUGACAAUGCCAGUUUCCAUUCGGCGAAAAUGGGUAGCGAUGAACGUGUUAAAUUUAUCUUAGGUUAUGAAAGUGAACAUGAGUCGCCGGUAGAUUCGGGUGUCAGCACUGAAAAUACUAGUUUAGAUAGAUCGCCUGAUACAGAUCAAAAUAAAAUGAAAGAUGGUUAUAUGGAGAACAACCGGAUUUUACCUGAUAGUAAAUUAGAAGACUUAGAUAUAACCGGUGAUGUUACUGUAAAUAUAACUUACGAAGAAGAAGAGAAUUUAAAAAAUGAAGCAGGAUCAUCACAUAUAGAACUAGAUAGGAAUGGUGAAAGUUCACAGACUAUACAGAAUUGGGGUUCUAAUUCAAAUCAUGAAGAAUUAAGAACCAUUGAAGAAGUUAUAUCUGAAUUACGGAGACAGAGGUUGUCUGAUAAGAAUUUGAGCACUGUGGUAGAAGAGAAUAGGAGUGAUGUUGGGAAUAGUUCGCAUAGUAGCAGUAGAAAGAAAAGGAAAUCUGGAAAGAGUAAAAAAAAGAAAUGGUCGCCUAAUAUCGUACUUAUGGACAGUAGGACGGUGCAGACACAGAAUAAUACACUCAGAUUGAAUUUGGAUCAUUUUGUAGACGAAAGGGAUUGCGGUGUCUCGGAGUGUGGCGAUGACGAACAGAUAGCUUUAGCGCUGCAAGCACAAGAGCUGGCUGCGAGGCAUCAGGCGAGAUCCAAGUUCAAAUCCAGUGAAGACCUGAUACACCGGCUCUUCGUUUGCAUCGCCGGUGUAGCCGACCAGCUACAAACGAACUUCGCAGCCGAUCUCCGCAACAUAUUAAAAGCUGUGUUCCUCAUGAAUCAGACGGUCGAUACGCCGCCCGAAAAGGAACCGCCAUCUAUCGAAUACCAACCGAGUGAGGACCAAGUGAUACAAAAUGGUAGUUCAUUCGAUAGUGUCUACUCGGCAGAGGAAGUGUACGCGGACAGUUCAGACUCGCCGUCGGAGAGCGGGCCCGCGAGGCGAAACACAGGCAGCUCGAAUGACGGCGACGAGAGGAAAGUGGAGACUAGCAACCUUCAAGCAUCGGUAUCUACCGGAGACCUUACAUUAAGCAGUCGAGAGCCGUCGUCGGGUAUCGAGCGGGCCGAGAGAGACGGGCGAAGCGACCGUGUGGAGCGGGCGCCCGAGUGGGUGCCGGAUAUAGCGUGCGCGGCUUGUAUGAGAUGCGGCGCACACUUCACCGCCUUCCGCCGGAGACACCACUGCCGAAACUGCGGUAAAGUGUUCUGCGCGUCGUGUAGCUCCAACUCUAUUCCAUUACCGCGCUACGGACAGAUGAAGCCGGUACGAGUUUGUGAAGAGUGUUUCCAGAGUGUAGCGACCUCGUGCCGAAACUUGCAGCGGUGAAACUGAUAUUGUGUAGAUAUAGACGUUUAGUAAAAGGUAAUAGUUAAAGACCGGGAGGAUGUUGGCGCUGUUCUAUUUUUAUAAUAUUCGAAAUGACCGGAAAACGAUUUUAGAUAGAAUGAACUAAAUAAGAGACAAUUAUUUACAGAUAACGCGCGAGUUGAAUGCAGAGUUCAGAAUGCGAUAGUCCUGUGACCUAAUUAUAAUUGAUUGCCAUAAUCAUAAGUGUGCCGAUAAAUUUAAACAAUGCCUUAAGCUCAUCAGAUUAACGUAAUUAUUAUAUAAACUAAACUUUGCCUUUCUUCAACACUCGUGCCGUAAAAAUUUUUCGCCAUUUUUCGUGCUUGGCGAUAAAUAAAAACUCGUAAUAUCAAAGAGCUCGCUCUUCACCCCAGACCCCGACUGCAUUCAACUCGCGCGCUAACUAUAUUUAUAUGGGAAUCUUUAGGCUGAACCAAUAGAUGGCCCAUUCUAAACGCUCCACAAACUAACUAACGCCUCAAGGCGAAGCAUACCGAAAUGUGACACAAAUUUGUCAUGUAACUGAAAUUUUUAAUUUCAAAACCAUAACUUUGGUAGACAAAAACAGUAGAUUAACCCCUCUUGUGUGAUUUUAUCCGUUCUCGUUGGCCGGUUUUUAAAUACGACAACAAUCACAAUAUUUUAUUUAUACCCACGUGGAUAUACAUUGACUUAGAACCACGGGGUUAUUUUUCAUUAAUUUAUGGAAUACAACAGUUCCUAGAGCCGUAAUUUUUGACCUUUUAAGAAAAUAUUUGAUACAAUCAAACUAUAUUUUUUUAUUGAUUCCACAAAAGCGCAAACACCCCCAAGUAUAAUGUUUACUAUAAUUUGAAAAUUAUUGUUUAACCGCGGUGAUGUAAUCUUAUUGUUUAUUAACAAUAAUUGACGUAAUCAAAAUCGAUGUUUAAUGGAGCAUUAUUGCUGCCUAUAUAUUCAUUGUUAGGUUUAUAUUUAAGUUUAUUACAAUUGUACUGCCAGACAAUUACAAAAAUUAGUAAAUUAAUAUUAAUAUUGAAAUUUAAUUGUAUAUCAAGUGCGUAUUUGUUUUUUUUUAUAGCAUAUCUGCAUAGAAAUAUUGCCAAUUUGUUAGAACAAUUCAAUGUCUAACGUCAAUGCUUUAUUAAAUUCAUAUUUAAGGUGUAGAUUUUUAUGACUCCUUCUUUCUAUUCCUUUGCAUGUUGGUGCACAAAUUCUUGCUUGAAAGUGUGCUGGAUAAAGGAUGAAAUAAUUUGUUUUUGCAAAUCACAAACAUUAAAUAUUUACAAAAUAUCGUCGUAUAAUUUGCUGUGCUUAUGAUCUCAUUUCCAUUAGUUUCUUCAUACAUCCACUUGGGAGUACCCAAAUUCAAAGUAUUGAAUUGGCUAUUUUUUUUAGUCUACCCUCAAUUAGUGCCUAUAUCGAGGCAAUGCUCAGAAGCGGUUGACUAUGCACUGUUAAAUGAAAGUAUAAUUACUUGAGUGGUUCUCAUUGACGUACUAGAAGCAACUAGACUCGCAAUCUUUAUCAAUCCUUAAAAAUUAUACUUUACAUUAUAAUUUACUUAUACAUAUAACAUUAAAAGAUUCAUUCAAAUUAACACAUUAUUUCGUGGCAGCAAUGUUCAAAGUCUUAUGUAUACGCUCAUAAGAAGAUCUUUGAUUAUCAUGUGAAAUGUGAAUGAAACAGAUGGGCGCGAACACGAAGCAAGAACAUUCUGUUUUAGCAAUUGAAAUGAAUAACAUUUAGCAAAAUGAUUAAAAACGUGAAGUUGGUUACUCAAUUUUGUUAAUUUAAAAGGGCAGUUAUCUGAAAUACGAGACACUCCAUAAUUCUUAAGUUUGGAUAUGCUGUUAUUUGGAUAGUUUUUCACUGAACACUUUGUCAUUGCGUGGCGUUGUAUUCAAAGCGCGGUUGACACACAACUGAACGAAAACUCCAAAUGUUUUGCUUUACACAAUUUUUGAGCUUGAUUGUGAGUCGAGUUCUUUAUUGCACUUCAAUGGUUGUACUGCGUAAUCCAUUUUGGUUAUUAUUACUCUAAUUGGUUUGGUAGACUUUGGCUUACAUCGUUACGAAGUUUUAAGAUUUAACGAUUGUAGAUUGUCUUAAAAUCGGCUCGUGUAUGACGAACUUUGUUUGCGAAAUUUAUCAUGACACUACAUAGUUUUUAAAGAUAACUCGCUACUUGUAUAGGAUUACGUUAUUAGUAAAAGGUGGAGGUCUAGUGUAAAUUGAGUUAUAAAUAAAAUUGUGAACUUUCGCAAGUGGUUCCGUGUCUGUUGUACUUUCUAGUAUCUGUUUGGCUUUACUCUAGGGUUCUUCGAUUUGAGAAGAAAAUAAAAUCCAGUGGGAGGCUCGUUUGCACAGGAUGACGGCAAGAUUAUGGAUACCAUAACAGCGCCUUUUUCUGCCGUAAAGCAGUAAUGUGUAAGCAUUAUUGUGUUUCGGUCUGAAGGGCGCCGUAGCUAGUGAAAUUGCUGGGCAAACGAGACUUAAUAUCUUAUGUCUCAAGGUGACGAGCGCAAUCGUUAUUGUAGUAACAUCAGCUGAGCGUCCUACUCGUUAUUGUCAUAAAAAAACGUCUUUAAGUUUUUUUCUUAAACAAUAUGAUUAAUUUAUGUACGCCAAAGUCCACCAUUGAAUUAAACAUAAAUACAAUUAAUUGUAUUAUUUCCAUUAUUUCGACUGAUGUUAAUAUGACUUUCUUUUCUCUAAUUUUCUAAAGUCAGUAAGGCUCUCUAACGUUUUAACGAAUUGUUUUAGUCGCCAAACAUGUUUGUUAUACGAGUGAAAUAUUAUUUUACUAUCUCUACAUUUAUCUGUAUGUGGGCCCCUAUUCGAGACGUUGUCUUAAUACUAAAUCCGUGAUCAAGCGUAUUUUGUCUCUUAUGUUACGAUUAUGAAAGCAGUGACAAAAUUCACUGUCGAGCAACGUUUUGGAAUUCGGGCCUUGCGAACCGAAUUGAACUUUGCAUUGUUGGUGGCUAAAACUUAAAUAGUAUCAUAAUCAAGGUUAGAUGUGUUAUUUCAAAAAAAGUUAAACAUGUGUUGAACACUCGUUUUAAAGAAGUUCUAUUACAAAUCUGUUUCUUUCUGUUGUUUAGCGUUCGACAAUCUUUAGGCAUUGCUUAUAUUUGAACACGAGUCGAAGUUUGUCUAAGGUGUGUCUAACGGAUAGAUCAUAUUCAUAUAUGACAGAUAGGUGACAGCUGUCAAAAAUUCCGUUCAGUUCCUUUGAUUGUUCCAGUACACUUCAGUUUAUGUUGUGUUUAACGACGUUUUAGUUAAACACAAGCUGAACAUUGUUUUGUAAUAGAAAAAGAUAAACUUCAUUUUAGAUGUCGUUAUUUGUAGGUCACUGACCUUGUUAUAUUAUAGUUAGGUCACUCUCUAACAAAACACGUGUCUAAGCCAUGUUUAAAUUAUUUUUUUGUAAUAACACAGUUAGUGUUUAAUAAAGAGAGAAUAAUAUUUGGAGUUACUGUUAAUUUAGAAGUAUUAUAAAUCUAUUUUUAAGAUGUUUAUAUUUCUAGCAGAAAAUCGAAAAAAAGGUUUAAAUAUUAUAUUCCAUAUUGUUUUUUAUAGUCGUUGAUUAAGUUAACAUUUAUAAUAAGAUUGCGAUGUGUAAAUUUUGUAAAUCCUUGAUAUUGUAAAGGGCAGAAGUUGUUCUUGGUAUUUGUAUGAUAUAAGGGUGACCAUAAAGUGAUAUGUACCUAUUGUAAUAUAUGUAAUGUUUAUAAGUUA